AUGGCGGGCGGAAACAAGAAGAAGAAGACCAAGCCCGCCGCAAAUCCCGCGAGAGGCUUCGCCACGACAUCUGUCGCCUCGAAACCGAAGCCUGAGAAUGCGUCAGAAGCAAACGGCAGUAAGAAUACAUCUGGUCUCGCUACUCCAGCAGACAAAGCCACAACGCCAGGAUCGGCACCUUUCGACCAUACAGCGCUGAACAAUAGCACUCCUUCCAAGUCUGAGAAGGAGCUUCAUGAACUCAGCCCCGAGGAAAUGGAAGCGCAACUUGAGGCUUCAGAGCUUCAACAAUUCGUUGAACGGUUUGGGCCAAAAGCCAAAAAGGAAGCCGUUCGUCAGGUCACUCGGCUACUCACAGACAAGCGUCUGCUUCGAGGGCAGUCUGACUUCCUCUCGGUGAAAGACUGGUUGCCAGACGAGCUCAUGCAGCAAAUACUCGACCUGACGCAUGCCGAUCGACGCCAUGAGUCGAGUAGCGUUACGAAGAACAAGCUACCAAUCGGAGACGAUCUCGUCGCAAAGGUAUGGCAGCUGCGGCAGUGUCUCAUUGAUCUUGCAAUUCCUAUGUCGCGAGUAGAAGAUGUCCUGGCCUGGAUCGUGGCGAACCCACCGUCAGAUUCUUCGGGUCCCAUGUGGGGUCUCGAUGAAUGUUUCGAAUGGCUUGCACUUCAUUGUGAAGAUGGAGAGCUGGACGAGUACGACUACGUUAAGCCAAAGACGUCUGCUGCAAUUGCCGAGGAGUCAGAAGACGAUGUCGAUGAGCCGAAGCCCGACUGCAAAGCAAUGGACCUGAUUGUUAAGCCAAAGGAUGCCAAGAUGCAAUCUGGAACGUUUGAAGCAGACGAAAUUCAAGUCAGCGAUGUUGAGAGUGAUCUCGAGCCAGACGAGCUUGUAUCGGUGUACUUGCGGACUAGGACGCGACUGUUUGAGCUAAAUCCAGACACGGAAGGUGGUCAAACUGGCAGAGGCAAGUCAAAAGGCUCGAAGCAAAUUGUCAGCUCGGCUCCCAAGAGGGCUGGCGAGCGCAAGCUGGAACAGAAGAUACAGAGGAUAGAGUCCGAUGUGCUGUUCGAUAAGCGCGGCGCUGAAGCCCAGUGGGCGGGCAUGAAGACACAACUCUCACGUGAUGCCGCAGAAAGGCGAAAGCUGCAACUGCAUAUCGAAAAUACUCCCAAGGCCAACGGCUCUUCGUCACCGAAGCCUGAAGAAGGGGCAGUCAACGAUGAAGCGGAAAAACUCGGACAGGAAAUCCUCGCGGAAGCGGACGACGAGGGUGACAUGCUCAGCGGCAUGUUCGAUGCUCUACCCGGUGUCUCAGGAGAAAGUGUUGCGAGCAAUGGUGGCUCAGCAGAGAACGUCUCGAUCAGAGACUUUGGCAAACUGACCGGCAUGAAUCCAAAACGCGUGCUCGAGGAAGCCUGCAAGGCUCGAGAUGCACGCUCAAAGCUGGUAUACAAAAUGGUUUCUCCUACCACAUACUCCAGUCGCCACUCAGUCACUAUUCAGUGGUCCAAGGAACAGGAGCCAUUCGAAGCAAGCUAUAUGCCCAACGUCAACGUCGCUCAAAAGCCUUCAGUCGUUACGAUGACUAUGGCACAAGUUGCCACGCCAGACAUAGGCCAGAGUGAAGCGUAUAUUGCCACAGCUGCGCUUUUUCUCAUAUUCUCGGGUUCUCCAAAGGAAGAAAAGGCGCACCUGCGACUACCGCCUGCCUUUCGAAAUCUUUGGGACGAAUUUGCGAAGGCAAAAGAAGAAUACAUCCUAGCAGCAGACGGUGCUAUCGUAAAAGAAGUCCGGGAAUUGGUGGAGAGGAAUCGUCCACUGGAUGAGGAUAGCGAUGAUGAAGUCGUAUUCAACGCCAACAGUCGGCGACAACGCCUGGACGGCGCGAGUGGGGCUAACACCCCAACCACGCGGACUGGUACGCCCAGAUUGAAUGCUCCGGAAGUCUCUGAAGAGCUGCAACAACUAUGGCAACGCAAAGUCAACAAUCCGGCCUACCAGCGUAUGCUCGUUGGCCGAAUGAACCUACCCAUGUUCCAAUUCAAAGCUUCUGCAUUGGACACUGUUCAACGCAACCAGGUAACUAUCUUGUGCGGCGAGACAGGCUGCGGUAAAUCUACUCAGCUACCAGCAUUUAUCUUGGAACACGAGUUGUCGCAAGGAAGGCAAUGUAAAAUCUACUGUACAGAGCCUCGGCGUAUCUCGGCCAUCUCACUCGCUCAACGAGUGAGCGAGGAAAUGGGAGAGAAUAAGGGCGACGUUGGUACUGCUCGCUCCCUCAUAGGAUACGCAAUUCGUCUGGAAUCGCAAACAACUGCACAGACCCGUCUUGUCUACGCUACUGUUGGCAUUGUACUUCGCAUGCUGGAGAACUCGGAUGGUCUGAACGACAUCACCCAUCUAGUCAUUGACGAAGUGCACGAACGAUCCAUUGAUACGGACUUCUUACUCAUCGUACUACAGUCUCUGAUGACGAAGCGUCCAGACCUGAAGGUGGUACUCAUGAGUGCUACUGUGGAUGCACAGAAAUUUUCUCAGUACCUCGGCGGCGCACCAAUCAUCAAUGUUCCCGGAAGAACUUUUCCCGUAGAGGCCAAGUUUCUGGAGGAUGCAAUUGAGCUGACUGGCCACACCAACGAAGACGCAGAGCAGAACGCCGUUGGCGAAGACAGUGCAGAGGACGAUACCGAGGGAAAGACAGCUGGUGAGCAGCAGCAAUUGCAAGGCUACAGCAAGCGUACUCAGAACACACUUGCCAAGUACGAUGAGUAUCGCAUCGACUACAGCUUGAUUGUGAAGCUGCUCGAGAAGAUAGCAACGCACGCUCAGUACCAAGACUACAGCAAAGCCAUCUUGGUCUUCUUGCCAGGUAUAGCUGAGAUUCGUCAACUUAACGACAUGAUCGGCGGACACCCUAAAUUUCAGAAAGCAUGGCAGCUUCAUCCACUGCAUUCCUCAUUCUCGAGCGAAGAUCAGCAAGCAGCGUUUGAGGUGCCGCCUCCGGGCAUCCGCAAGAUCGUUUUAGCUACCAACAUCGCAGAGACGGGCAUUACGAUCCCAGACGUGACUUGCGUCAUCGACACUGGUAAGCAUAAGGAGAUGCGCUUUGACGAGCGAAGACAGAUGUCUCGCCUCAUUCAGAGCUUCGUCGCUCGAGCAAAUGCCAAGCAACGUCGAGGGCGUGCAGGCCGUGUGCAGCAGGGAAUAUGCUUUCACCUUUUCACGAAGCACCGCCACGAUCAUCUCAUGGUUGAGCAGCAGACUCCGGAGAUGCUUCGCUUGUCGCUCCAAGACUUGGUGAUGAGAGUCAAGAUCUGCAAGUUGGGUGAUAUCGAAACAGCUCUGGCCCAGGCGCUGGAUCCUCCAUCGAGCAGGAAUAUUCGAAGGGCUAUCGACGCUUUAGUAGAGGUUGGUGCACUCACAGAACGUGAGGAGCUCACGCCGCUUGGAACACAACUUGCGAAGCUCCCUCUAGAUGCACAGCUUGGAAAGCUCAUCUUGCUGGGUAGUAGCUUCGGCUGCCUCGACUUUGCCUUGACUGCAGCUGCUACACUCUCCUCGAAGACGCCCUUCCUUAACCCAAUGCACGCCAAGAAACAGGCCGAUACUGUCCGGCUGGGCUUCAAGCGAGGCGACUCCGACUUGCUCACCGUCUUCAACGCCUAUUGUACUUGGCGCAAGGUCUGCACAACCCCGGGACUUUCGGAAUAUCAAUUCUGCAACAAGAACUUCCUUAGCCCGCAGAACCUUGGGAACAUCGAAGACCUCAAAGCACAGUUGCUCACGAGUCUGAAUGACGCGGGCUUCGUCCAGCUGGGCCCCGAAGAGAAGUCUGCUCUUUCGAAGAUGCGCUACAACCAACGACAUCGAAACUUCGUCGCUUUGCCGGCUCAGUACACUCGCUCAGAUGACAAUGACACCGUGUCUGAUUCCGUAAUUGCGUGGUCUUUCUAUCCCAAGAUCAUCAAACGAGACGGCAAAGGCUGGCGCAACAUCGCAAACAAUCAGUCUCUUGGUCUGCACCCGACAUCAGUCAAUAAGACAUCGCUCAACCCUGACAUCAAAUACCUCAGCUUCUACAGCAUCAUGCAAUCCUCCUCGCGAUUCACUAACGCCCAGGAGACGUCGCCGGUCUUCGAGAUACCACUCUUGCUCAUGUCCGGAGAGGUCGUUUUCCAUAUGUAUGCGGGCGUUAUUGUCCUCGACGGGAAUCGACUGAGACUGAAGGUGAGAGAUUGGAGAACGAUGAUUGUUAUCAAGACAUUGAGGACGAAGGUGAGGGAAGUUAUGGGCAAGUUGUUUAAGAAUCCGGGACGAGAUUUGGGAGAUCGACCUAAGAGGUGGAUGGAUGUGCUGGAGAAGAUUUUCGCGAGACAGAGGGUCUUGCAUCCGCCGCCACCGCUGCAAGUGAGAUGA